CUGAUUGACGUGGCUAAACAGGAAGCCAUUUUGUGUCAAUACACAAAUUUUGGGAUCCGAAAUCUGUCUCCAUCGACUUGAUUACACGUUGAAAGUGCAAUAUUAGCCCUGCAAGAUGAAGUUUAAUUAUUCCACUUUAAUAUGCAUUCUGUUUCUUCUCGUAAACUUGGGAAAUGCAGAUGAACACAAUCACGUAUAUGAGGAUGCAGAGGAAGUUGUGCUAUGGAUGAAUACAGUUGGUCCGUACCACAACAGACAGGAGACCUACUCCUAUUUCUCCCUGCCAUUCUGUGAAGGGCCUAAGAAAGACAUCAGUCAUUACCAUGAAACCCUUGGAGAGGCAUUGCAAGGGACUGAGCUAGAAUUCAGUGGGCUGGAUAUCGACUUUAAAAGUGAGCAGACUCAAGUAAAGUACUGUGAAAUUAAACUGACAGAAGAAAAGUACCAAGCGUUUGUGUAUGCAGUCCGAAAUCAUUACUGGUACCAGAUGUACAUUGAUGAUCUACCAAUAUGGGGAAUUGUUGGUGAGAUUGGAGAAAACAAAGAAUACUAUGUUUGGACGCACAAGAAGUUCGACAUCGGCUACAACAGUAAACAAAUAGUGGAUGUUAACCUCACCAGUGAUGCUAAAGUCAAGCUAGAGGUUGGGGCUGAGAUAUCAUUUUCAUAUGAGGUGAAAUGGCACCAGUCUAAUGUGAAGUUUGAGGACAGAUUUGAUAAAUACCUCGACCCAAACUUCUUCCAACACAGGAUCCAUUGGUUCAGCAUCUUCAACUCUUUCAUGAUGGUGAUAUUCCUGGUGGGCCUCGUCUCCAUGAUCCUGAUGAGAACCCUCCGUAAGGACUAUGCCCGGUACAGCCGUGAAGACGACAUGGAUGAUAUGGAGAAGGAUCUUGGAGAUGAGUAUGGAUGGAAGCAGGUUCAUGGGGAUGUGUUCCGACCUGCGACCCAGCCUAUGUUCUUCUCCGCCUUGAUAGGAACAGGCUACCAUAUCACCACUGUCACACUCUGCGUUAUACUGUUUGCCAUCAUGGGGGAAUUGUACACAGAGAGAGGAUCGUUAUUGAGCACAUCCAUUUUCGUGUAUGCAGCCACUUCACCAGUGAAUGGUUACUUUGGGGGCAGCUUGUACGCUAGAAUGGGAGGUAAGGUGUGGAUCAAACAGAUGCUGAUGAGUGCCUUCCUACUGCCCAGCAUGGUGUGUGGGACAGCCUUCUUCAUCAACUUUAUAGCCAUUUACUACCACGCUUCCAGGGCUAUACCCUUUGGCACCAUGGUGGCAGUGACAUGUAUCUGCAUAUUUGUGAUACUUCCACUGAACCUGGUUGGCACAGUGUUAGGUCGGAACCUGGCCGGCCAGCCGGACUACCCCUGCAGGGUUAACGCUGUACCCAGGCCCAUACCAGAGAAAAAAUGGUUUAUGGAGCCAAGUGUGAUAAUAGUUCUUGGUGGAAUCUUGCCAUUUGGAUCUAUAUUUAUUGAAAUGUAUUUCAUCUUCACGUCGUUUUGGGCGUACAAGAUCUACUAUGUAUACGGCUUCAUGCUGUUGGUGUUUCUCAUCCUGGCUGUGGUCACUGUCUGUGUGACCAUCGUCUGUACGUACUUCCUGCUCAACGCCGAGGACUACAGAUGGCAGUGGACCAGUUUCCUUUCGGCAGCCUCCACAGCUGGAUAUGUCUAUAUCUAUAGUUUCUACUAUUUCUUCUUUAAAACGAAAAUGUACGGCUUCUUCCAAACGAUGUUUUACUUCGGCUACAUGUGGCUCUUCAGUCUUGCUCUGGGCCUUAUGUGUGGAACUCUUGGUUACCAAGGCACCAGUUCAUUUGUAAGAAAAAUCUACUCAACUGUGAAAAUAGACUAAAACAUCACAAUGACAUAAUCAGUUAUGUGAUAGCAAACUGUCCAGAAGAAGCGAGGCAAAAUUUGGUGUUAAAUAUUUAUAGACAUGAAAAUGCGCCAAAUCUGGUGAUGGAGGUUUUGCAAGAUGCCCAGCUAGUUGUGACAUUGCCAAGCAGUGUGACUAGAUCAGCUUUUAUUAAGUGUGUGAAGGCUUAAAGUGUAGAAAACUUGUACAUUCACUACAAGUGAAUGGGGAAUGAUUUAAGAAAAUAACAUCAUCAGCUGAAUGAAGUUCUUUGAGGGAAGGUUGUAUGAAGUGUAGGGAUAAAAUAGAAUUCAGACUCACAAUGCCCUAUCCUGUGUUGCUGUUUCUGGCAGAGUUUAUGGCACUUUGGUUUUGUUUAAUUAAUAUAUUUUUGUUUCCUUUGAUUAUUGAAGAUUUAUUGUAUAUCUGUUAAUUCAUAUGUGAUGCAGUCUGCAAAAAAGAUGUAACAGGAAAUCCAGGUGUUUUUAAGUCUGACAUUUUUUUAUGAUGUACUUAAAAAAUCAGCAUGUUGAGAAAAAAAGACUAGAUGAUUUCUCACAUUAAUAUUAUUAUAACCUGUGGCGUGGUUUUUGCACAUUGUGUCACAUAUUUGCUUUUAAAGACGGGGUAAACUAGUCUUGGGUGUGUGAAUUUUAACACAUUUUUCUUGUCCUGUCUGAUAUUAGACAGAAAAGUCUUUGAUUGUGCCUUCGCAUUGUCGGUGGUGUGGUAAAGUCUUUAACUAUUAUAACUCAGAAACCGUUCAAGAUCUUUAGAUGCACUAUGGUACAUUAAUGCAUACAUGUUCAACCGGUCCAAUUACUCCGACUAAAUGUAUUGUAGAGCUUUGUCCACUGUUAACUUAUGAAUGAAUGGACUGUAGAUGCUCUCUUUCAAAAGAAAAGGAUAACUAUUGAAUUUAUUACAGGGCAUGAUGGUCAUCAGGCUUGAGAGCUUCCAAUUCCAGACUUCAUAUACAUUAGCUUAGAAUAUUUUUUUUGCUUGGCAUUUGCAUAAAAAAUACUGAGAAUCACAUUGGAAUGGAAACACGACUCAUGCCAACUUCAACAGAAGAAUUUAGCCCCUAGCCCUGCCUCUGACCUGAAUUAAUUUUGCUCGAACAAAAAAUUUAAGAAUUUGGAUUUUUGGUGAGGAAUAUAUUAUGAAACACAUACAUUUUUAUUUUUUGAACUACAGAUAUCAUAAGGAUUUAUUUACUAAAUACGUUAGUCCUGGAUUGGUUUGUAAUACAAAGAGCAGCUGACCUGGCCAUUACAAAAAGUAACCAAAAGGCCAUCAGUUGGGCCUUAUUUUUAGCCACUCAUUAAUUAAUGAAUUGUAAAUAUAAGAAAGCAGCUUUUAGAUAGCAGCUGAACUUGAUAAUUUGAUUAAUUGAAAGCCUAGGGCAUGACAUAGUUAUCACCUUCAGUAUUUAUAUAGAGCUAUGACAGUCUUGCACUGAGAACUGUAAUUCAUAUACAGUGCAGCAGCUGCUACAUAUGUAUGUAAAUAUUAAGAGGUCAUAGGCAAUUUAUAUAUAGUUGGGAAAUGAUUUUAAAAAAAUUAUGUAGCUUUAAAAAAGUCCAAAAUGUUCAUCCAUCAAUAUGUAUUUCUCUAGUUUUUUUUAGAGAUCAAAACACUUGGACUAUGCUAGAGAUUUCCAAAACUCUUCUUUGCGUAGGGGGAUUUAAAAGCCUCCCCCCCAUCCCCACCUCCUCCAAGGUGUAUAAUAUAUAAAAAAAACGUUUUUACCAUAUUCCGUUUUAGAAACAACACAAUAAAAAGAAAAAGCAUGGGGAUGGGGGUUUGUUUCUCUUUGCCAAUAUAGAUGGAGGUUUUCUGUGGGAUGGGGGAUUUGUCCUUGGGCUAUGGGUAAGAUAACAAUCAUGAUUUACUGCAAAGACUGUUCUUCUUUAAGAUACUUCUUUCCUAAUCUACCAUGUGUACGAAUUAUUCCUGUAAUAGAUGGUUACUGUGCAUUAGUGUGCGGUUGUUCAUAUUAAUAAACCACUUCAUUUCAUGUCUAAAUGUGAAUUCAUACUAGAUAAAACAUUCCACCCAUUUUGUAAAUUCAUAUGCAAUUUUAUGAAAGUUCACUUUGCCAUUGAAGGAAAUAAUUCGGAUGUUUUAAACAUUUGUUUCUGCAUGGAAGUGUCAAAAGUUAGUGGACAUGUAUUAGCCACAUCGUAUUGUUAAAAUAAAUCCUGUGGAGGUUAUCAUGUUGACAACAAAAAAUGAAAUUUUACCAAGCGAUUGGAUUAAUUUUUACUACAGUUAUAUAACUGUGUUAAACUGAAUUAGAGAAAUCUUCUAAAAGAGCUUGUUAUUGCCUCCGCAAUAUUAAAUGAAAUUGCCACUGUUUCCUCCAUAGAAAUCAUUUUUGCUGACGAUGUCACAUUUAUAAAUGUUUACUCAAACUGUAGAGGAAUUUGUUACACACAAUGGUUGUAAAUUCUUGGUGUCACUUAAAAACUGUCAGAUUUGCUCUUUGUGCAAAGGAGUAACCGUACCAUGCAGACCUAGCACAUACAUUUAGGCCUUGGUAUUAUCUUUUAUUUAUAGCUUUUCUUACCGUGGGUCCAAUCAAGUUCUAGUUUAUGGUGCAAAAAAUUAUAUUCGUUAUUUCGUACAAUUGUGAUAUGCUUGACGAUGUUCCACAAGGGGAGGCAUCGUUUCCUAUUGAAGAUGAUCAGGAAAGCAUCUUAUUCAGCCAUUGUAUUGAUGUUUCUAACUUAAACUAUCACAUUUAUGUUGAAAUGUCUAGCAGUUCAUAUGUACAGUAGAAAUGCAUGUGCUUUUCAAUCGUGAAUUCCAGUAUCGCUCAUUUGCCUGUCAUGAUGAGAUGAAAAUGGUUUCAAUUUAAUAGUUUGCUUUCGAGGGUAUUUUAGCAUGGUAUUGUAAUGUGUGUCCCUAUGUACAUUUCCCCCUUCAACUGUUUUAGAUUGUUAUACUUGACUAUAUUGAAUGUAUACUGUUAUUGUAUUGCCAAGUAAAUGAAUUGAAGAGGAGAUCUUAUGAAGGUAAUUUAAAUAAAAUAUAAAAUCUU